CAUCGUGUGUCGGCUUAACUCGCGCAACGCCUGAGUCAACGAAGAUAGAAAGCGGCUCGAGCUGCAAAUUCAUUGCGAGAUACAGCACGAUCGUAUUCAACAGACACUUUAAAUGCCUAUCGAAUCACCCUUCUUAUCCUAAAGAGCUCCUGAACAAUUUAUCACCAGGAUGGCACAUAGUUCUCAAAAUUAUGGAUCUACCGAUCAGAGAACUGAUGUACCUGAUGUGGGCUUCAGUCCAACAGAACUUUAUAGUCUAAGUGAAAAUAUAACAACAAAUAUCUAUACAAUUAAUACAAGUUAUAGAACCUUAGAUCGUGCUUUCAAGCACAUUGGUACAAAUAAAGAUAAUCAGGGUCUCAGGGAUAAAGUGCAUGUGGCACAGUUAAGCACAAAUCAAGUGGUGACUCAAACAAGUAAAAAUAUUGCACGACUGACAGUUCUGAUGAGACGAGGUGAUAAACAACAAAAGUUACAAAUUGAAAAACUUACGAGUGAUUUUAAAGAUGCCUUGCAAAAAUAUUCUGAUAUGCAAAGAUCAAUUGCUGAUAAAAUGAAGAGGCACAUACUGGUUAUAAGUAGUAUAGAAACUCGUGGUGAUGAGGAAGAAGAUGACAAGGAAAGUUUGAUUCAGAUUCAAGAGGAUACUAAACGAAAAGCUAAGCAAAGAGCAUUGGAAUUCGAUCACGGAUUAAUUUUGGAUCAAGAAGAAAGGAUAAAACGAAUCGAAGGAGACAUUUUAGAUGUGAAUCAGGUCAUGAGGGAGCUUGGAGCUCUUGUGCAUCAACAAGCAGAAUCAAUUAGUAAUAUCGAAAAUAAUAUCGAAAGUGUACAUGACCAUGUUGAAUUAGGAACACAGGAAUUAAUAAAGGCUAGUAAUUACCAAAGUAAAUUUCGACGAAAAGUUUGUGUUCUCUUGACUGUAGUUAUUGCUUUUGUGAUUAUUUUGAUACUGUGCAUGGUUUUAGCUAAUAAAUCAAGUUAGCGCUUCUAGAUGUUCUAAGUAGCUGUAGAAAGUCGAAUGUGGUUGUCUCAAUCUAUUGCAAUGACUCGUUUUAAAAGAGUUCUGUCCAUUAUAAAGUAUGAUAUUGCCAAUUUUUAUUGACUUUGCGAAUACAUAAUACGCAACAAAAAAAGAUCAGAGACUUAUUAGAAGAAGUAAAGAAUGACUUUCUACAUUUAAGCUACAAUGACUUGAAAUUGGGCAAUUGUACGAAAAAGGUGCGUUUAAUUCUAUUCAAUCUUCAUGUGAAUUAGAUAGGUAUAAUAUCAAAUGAUAAAAUUGUGGUAUGAAUAAUUUAUCGUUCGAUCUCUGUUAAUGAAUUUAUG